AUGACCAACCCCAAGAUCCGCGUGGGCUUCGUGGGCUUCGGCACGGGCUCGAGCGUCUUCCACGCGCCGCUGCUGCUGAGCUCCGGCCAGUUCGAGCUCACGCACGUGCUGGAGCGCUCCACCAACAAGAGCGCGGUGCUGAGCCCGGCGCCGACGGUCGUGCGCUCCAUGGACGAGCUGCUGGCCACGGACGUGCAGCUCGUGGUCAUCUCGACGCCCACGACCGUGCACUUCGAGCAGGCCAAGCAGGUCAUGGAGGCCAAGCGCCACGUGGUGGUGGACAAGCCGCUGUGCGUCACGGCGCAGCAGGCCGAGGACCUGUGCGCCAUCGCCAAGGCCAACGGCGUGCUCUUCUCCGUGUUCCACAACCGCCGCUUCGACAGCGACUUCCUCACGGUGCGCGCGCUCAUCGAGGACGGCACGCUCGGAGACGUGCACAGGUUCGAGGCGCACUACGACCGCUACCGCCCCAACAUGAAGGGCUACUGGAAGGAGAAGGCCGGCCUCUGCGGCGGCGUGCUCUACGACCUGGGCGCGCACGUCACGGACCAGGCGCUGCAGCUCUUCGGCCAGCCCGACUCGGUCGACGCCGACGUGCAGAUCCAGCGCGAAGGGGCCGAGAACGACGACUUCUUCCGACUCGAGUUCAAGUACAAGCAGUUCCCCGAGCGCGAGGUGAUCCUGAGCGCCAGCAUGCUGGUCAAGAACCCCGGCCCCAAGUACACAGUCGUGGGCACCAAGGGCACGCUCGAGAAGUUCGGCGAGGACGGACAGGAGGACGCGCUGCGUGCUGGCAAGCGCCCGGGCGACGACGGAUGGGGCCAGGAGCCCGAGAGCUCCUUCGGCAAGUUCACGGACGCCGUGACGGGCGAAACCCGCGUCAUCCCCAGCAAGCUCGGCUCGUACCAGGUGUACUACAAGAACAUCGCGGCAGCUAUUCGCGGCGAGGAGGAGCUGCUCGUGCACCCAGAAGAGGUGAUCGAGCAGAUCCGCAUCAUCGAAAACGCCAAGAAGACCGAGCGUGUGAACCGCAUUACCGUCUAAGCUUU